AUGGAACUCCGAGGCACGAAGGCUCCGAUGUAUGUAAAUAUCUUGAAGUUAGAUACAUUUUUAUGUAAACAUUUAAAAGGAGAUAGCUUCAAUGGGCUGUGGCCAUUAGCCCGCAAUUGGAAAGAGAAAAUGGACGUCGGGUUGCCCUCUAGGGACCGGACGGGAGUCCCGGAUUUCGUGCUCCUCGAGGAUUAUAAAAGCACAUCAGCAUUUGUGGAGAAUCUUAAAAAGAGAUUUACUUCAAAUUUAAUCUAUACUUAUAUUGGGGAGGUCCUGAUAUCAGUUAACCCCUAUAAACAAUUGGGAAUCUACACAUCCAAAUAUCUAGCCCUGUACAGAAAUGUCAACUUCUAUGAACUACCACCACACGUGUUUGCCAUUGCCGACCAGGCCUACAGAUCAAUGCGCACAGAGGGUAGAGAUCAAUGUGUUCUCAUAUCUGGGGAGUCAGGAGCAGGAAAAACAGAGGCAUCAAAAAAGAUUUUACAAUACAUCGCUGCGAACAGUACACAUUCAAAAGAGAUAGAAUCGGUCAAAACGAGACUUUUAAAUUCUAAUCCCAUCCUUGAGUCAUUUGGUAAUGCAAAGACGAAUAGGAAUGACAACUCUAGUCGGUUUGGAAAAUACAUGGACAUACAGUUCAAUUAUAAGGGUGCACCAAUCGGGGGGCAGAUCAUCAACUUCCUGUUAGAGAAAUCACGUGUCUGUACACAAGCACGUGGCAACAGAAACUUUCACAUAUUCUACCAGCUUCUGAAGGGAUGUGAUAAAGAAUUGUUGAAGAAACUAAAGCUGAGCAGAGACACGGAUUCCUUCUUUUAUUUAAACCAGGGUCAGUGUCCCGAGGUUGAAAGUCUGGACGACGAGGAAGAAUAUAAAAACACACGAGAUGCACUUAAUGUCUGUGAUUUCUCGGAAAGAGAACAAGAGUGUCUAUGGACCAUAGUAUCGGCUACGUUACACCUUGGGAACAUAGGGUUUAAGCAGGACGAACAGAAGCAUGCCAAAAUCAAAGAUGAUAAACAUGUCGCAGCUGUGGCAGCCCUGCUUGAAUGCCCCGAGGAUAUGCUUCGUCAUGGUCUGGUCAAUAGAGUUAUCCACGUCGAUGGAGAUGAAGUUGUGAAACCAUUCAACAAAGAAAGGGCCAUAUAUGCGAGGGAUGGUGUGGCAAAGGGUAUUUACGACCGUAUGUUCACCUGGAUCGUCCAGAAGCUCAACAAAUCACUCACAAAUGAGCAUGAGGAAAAUAUGUCAGUCAUUGGCCUUUUGGAUAUCUAUGGAUUUGAGAUAUUCGAAUACAACAGUUUUGAGCAGUUUUGCAUCAACUACUGCAAUGAAAAGCUUCAGCAGAUCUUUAUCCAACUGACGUUGAAGUCAGAGCAGGACGAAUACAUGAAUGAAGGUAUAGAGUGGGAACCUAUACGCUACUUUAACAACAAAGUCAUCUGUGACCUCAUAGAAUCAAAACCUGUAGGAAUAAUCUCAAUCAUGGACGAGGAGUGUUUGAGACCAGGAGAGCCCACGGAUGAGACAUUUCUGGAUAAGAUGUCUCACACAAUAGGAACACAUCCUCAUUAUAUAGGACAUACAUCAAAGGCAGACUAUUACACAAGGAAAACAAUGCGUCGGGACCAAUUUCGAUUACUGCAUUACGCUGGAGAAGUAACAUAUAGUGUCAAAGGAUUUCUAGACAAAAACAAUGAUCAGUUAAAUAGGACUUUAAAAGAGGCAUUGACAAAAAGUAAGAAUCUGAUUAUUUCUCAGUGCUUUAAACCAGAAGAAAUAACCAGUAAAAAACGCCCAGAAACAGCAGCAACUCAAUUCAAGACGAGUUUAGCAAACUUGAUGGAGAUACUACUGGACAAGCAGCCAUCAUAUGUAAGAUGUGUUAAACCAAAUGAAGAAAAAAGUUCAAAGACAUUUGAUGAGAGGUUGGUACGUCAUCAGGUGAAAUAUUUGGGACUGAUGGAGAACCUCAGAGUACGGAGAGCAGGAUUUGCAUAUAGACGCCCAUAUAAGGCAUUUUUGGCAAGGUAUAAAUGCCUAUGUCCCUCUACAUGGCCGUCAUACGCAGGAGUGGCAAGAGACGGUGUCCAUUUGUUGAUCAAACAUUUGGAGUGGGAUGAGGAUGAUUAUAGACUUGGCAAAACAAAACUGUUCAUCCGAUGGCCAAAAACAUUAUUUGCAGCAGAAGAUGCACUGCAUAGUAAGAAGAAUGAUUUAGCCAUUGUUAUCCAAUCACAUAUCAGAGCAUACAUUUAUCAAAAGAGGUACAAGGCAAUGAAGAAAGCACAGUUGAUUAUGGCUGUGAAUUGGAGAAGAUACAGUGCAAUGAAGAAACUAAAGCGCGUAAAAUGGGCUGCCAAAUGUAUAAGACAAUUUAUCAAGGGCUUCAUGUUCAGAAAACGACCCCCUUGUCCAGAGAACCAGCUAUUUGUUAAGUACAUGAGAAUGCACUGGCUGAAUAAGUUGAGGGAAGAGCUGCCAUCCAGCAUUAUGCAAACAAACUGGCCACAAGUACCACCUGUAUUGGAGGAGACAUCGAAGCUCCUACAAAAUAUCCACAAGAGGAUGCUGGUAAGAACCUACUGCCUCACAAUAACCCCGGAGAGAAAGUGGCAGCUUGAGCAGAAAGUUGUUGCUGAGAAAAUAUUCAAAGAGAAGAAGAAAGCCUACAGUUCUAGUGUUCCACAUCCAUUUGUCAAAUCAAGGCUAACCCCAUAUUUGGAGAAAAUGAAAUUGACAGUGUUUGACAACUCAGUUAUGGAGGCUGAUGAGAAGGUCCAGUAUUCAGCAGCUGUGACAAAAUAUGAUCGCCAUGGCUACCGUAACCGUGCAAGCGCAAUGAUAGUCACUGACAAGGCUAUAUAUAGACUGGAGCCUAGAGAGUUCAAAGUGAAAGACAAGAUUCCAUUUUGCUAUCUUACAGGGAUAUCUGUGAGUUCACUGACAGAUGGUGUGUUUGUGCUUCAUGCGCAAGCAGAAGGGAACAAAGGUGAUCUGAUCAUGAAGACGGACUAUGCCAUUGAGGCUGUCACAAAGAUUGCUAUGACAGGGGAACUUACGGAUAAAGUUGACAUCGCAAAUGAUGAUAUAAUAACCUACUCCACAAUUAGAAAGAAACAUCACAUAGAGUUCACAAGGGGGAAACACUACGCAACUGGAAAGAAUAAAAGAGGGAACAUGUUAGUGAUAGCACCUCAUAUAGCCAAUGGAUUCAAAUGAUGAACUGUAACCAAACAUUUGGAAAUCUAGUCUCAUAAAACCAGCUCAAAACACUAAACAUUCAGAAUCUCCAAUAAAAGUUUCCGAGGUGUAAAAUAUAGACAUCGGCUCAAAACGUUACACAUUCAGAAUCUUCAAUAAAAGAUCCUGGGGUCUAAAAAAUAGACACCAAUAUUUCAGUUAAAGACCCCCGAGAUCAAAUUCAGACCAGUGGGGUACAUAUUGAUUCUUAUUUUUAGAUAAUACAGGGUGGGCCAAAAAAUGUACCCAU